UGGUUCUGGCACUAACAGAUUUCAAUGGCAGAUGCAAGUCUUUGGGAUGUAUUUUGAGCAAGAACCGUGAAAUACUUCAUUUUGCAGAUAGGAAAACAGACUGGUUUUAAGUCAACUGGAUGUUUUUCUCUGUGUUUUGAAAGGAGUUGAGCAAAAGCUUCUUACAUUUAUGCAUUUUUUCAACCAGCUCUUCCUAGAGAAGACAUAUAUGAAUUGUUAGAAAAACAAAGUCCCCACAGAAGCUGUUAAUUUUAUUGUCAUCCAGCCUGGCAAUGCAGAGAGACAGUAAAGCCCCAGACACAGGCAAACAAAGUCCUGGCUUCCAGCUUGGAUCUGUUUGCAGAACUGAGGCCCUGCAACCCGAUCUUCUGCAAGAUAUCAGCAAAUCCAGCUUGCUUUCUCAUGGGAAAAAAAAAAGCGUUUUCACACAACUUGCACAAAUGCACUGUGCUGAGAUCUGAGGUUUUCUUUUUGAGGGUCAGAAAACAUCUUACAGCUGUGCAUUUCCUCACCUCCCUCUUGUCUCCCCCUAGCAAGAGAAAUCAUCUACAUGCCUCUCGUGAAGGCAGCCUGGCUGCGGAACAACAAAAACCCCUCUCUGGGUAACAUCAUGGCUGCAGGCAAGCGGCUCUGGACAUGGGACAGGGCUGGCCUGGGGGCUGCGGGCACGCAGGAGGGCCGCCAUGCCUCUCCUCAGUGGGCAGCUGAGCCUGCAGCACGGGUUCUUCACCCAGAAAGCCUGGCUUGGUUUUGUUUUUGUUAUUCUUCCAAGCUUUCCUCUCCCCGCCCAGCAGCCCUUUCCCUCACAAAUCCAAAAACGGGCCUCGAAAGCGAGCAGUAGCGGGCAAACCCCCGCGCCCAAGAUGGCCGCCCGCUCCUGACAUGCCGCUUCCCUCACUCAAGAUGGCGGAAAGGCUGAGCGGCUGCGGGGACGAAGCCGAGGGCGGCCAUGUUGCUUUCGGGCAGGCGGGCAGGACCAUUGCGGCGAAACAGCGGGGGAAAGGUGGUUUCUCCCAGAGGCGGUGCGAAAGGAGCGCGGCAGCCGCGACCCUCGCGUGGGGCACGGUCUGAUUGCUUAUGUGGAGGGGAGCGAAACAGAAACAAAAUUGAUUGAGGUCCAGAGAUUUCUGCCCUGCUUUGGACGAGGAGCUGCCUGUCACAGUGAGUAGAGCCUGGUGUGAGGUUGCCAAAACACAGGCUUUGCUUUAACACCAGCCUGGAAACAACUGGAAGUGACCUGCUAUACUUUGAUUCCCCCAUUGAUACAACAGACAUGGGGAAGGUUGCUUAUUUUUACUGUGAAUUGCUGUGACCUCUGAUGUUGAAAAGUGCUUAUAUGAAGUGUCACGUUAUUAUGUUACUCGCAUUUUGUUACUGUUACCAUCUGCACUCCAGAAUAUUGGCUCUGAAGGAUUAUCCUAGAGAGUAAAUCUUCAUCUGUGACCACAAUAAACCAUAAUCUGUGUUUGCUGAUGACAGUUGCGCUGACAGAAGUAACCUUGAGGCCUUUAGUACAUCUUGUAAAUUGGGAAUUGGGACACAGCACUCCACUGAGCUUUUUACGAUGGAGAAGAAGAAAAUUCUAAUGAAGUCCAAGGUUGCAGCUCCUAAUCUCCUGAGGGCACUGCAUUCUCUGUACCAGUUUGGUCAUCUCUGUGAUGUGACAGUGCACACGCAACAUCUAGGAAUUCAAGAGGAGUUUCUGGUUCACAAAGCUGUCUUGGCAGCUUCCAGCAACUAUUUUAAGGGGCUUUUCCUGCAUGAUGAGAUGCUGGACACCAAGAAUUGCACAGUGACUCUGCAAGACAUUUACACAGAAGAGUUCACCUCCUUUCUGGAAUUCGUCUAUACUGCAGAAGUGGAGAUUGAAGCAGGAAAACUGCAGCGAAUGAAAGAAAUAGCAGAAAGGCUUGAGUGCAAGGACUUGCUUGACAUUUGUGAAGAAGUGAGAGCAGAGGGAAAGAAGGGUUUAGAUUUGAGCCUCCAUCUGAAAGAUCAGCUGUGUGAAAAUGGUGUGCCACAGUGGCCUCGCAUCCAGCAAGAGGAAGACUGCAAACUGAGUAGCUGUUCCCAAGUGGUGGCAGUACCCAUGCAGAGGAAGCUCUGGGAGAGGCAAAAGCGUAACAAGUUGCUGGCUGGCUGUGAACUCAUUGAAGGCCAACCAGCAAAUCCAGAGCAAGAGGGCACUGCUUUUCCACAAGAAAAAUCUAGGACAGCAAAGCUGCCUAAAUGUGACAGAACAGAUAACAGAGGCAGACUUGGCAUGGAUGUCAUUGGUCUGGAGCAGAGGAAUGCUCACUCUCCCGUGAGUCAGACUGGGUCAAAGGAAGCCUGUGUAGUAGUUAGGGAUAUGCUGUCUGAGCAGUGGGAAGGUGGAAACAGUUUGAUUUCUGAUCUUAGCAGUAAAACCAAACGUAAGAGAUCACUGCAGCGUGUGGCAGAAGUCUUGCCAGAGAUUGCAUGUGAGAAGUGCAGUGAAUCAUUCCAUGUUAUCAAGCAGUACCAGAUGCACAUGGAGCUCAAGCAUGGUGUUAAUCUGUCUGUCAAGUACAGCUGUAACAUGUGCGAGCAGCUCUUCUCCAGCCACCAGAACCUGAGGCAGCAUUGCCUCACUGUUCAUAGCGCUGAACGGGGCUUCUCUUGCAUGUUUUGUGACAAGAGGUUCAAGCAUCAGAAGGACAGAAAUGAUCAUAUCCAGAGGGUGCACGAGAAGCAGAGAGACCCACAGGCGUGCCCGUACUGCGACAAGCUCAUCAGCUCCAAGUGUGGCCUGACGGUCCACAUCCGAACACACACGGGAGAGAAACCUUAUAAAUGCGAGCGCUGCCCUGCCAGCUUUGCUCAGAGGUCUGCUUACAAGACUCAUGUGAGAAAAGUCCAUGAAUCUGGGCGAGAGAGGAAACUUAUGCCAGUCUACUGGAUGGUAAUUCCACCUACUCACAGACCAAAUGCAGCAAGCUGUGACAAAGAUGGUGAUAGGGAGAUAUGGGAUGGGAUGCCAGAGGCUGUGCUAGAAAAGGAUGCAAUGCACAAAGAGUCUGCAAGUCGGGAGGAAGAGCCUGCAAGGCCAGCUGUUACACAGGCAGACUGUAGUGAACUGCAAGAAGAACAGAAGGAGAAACAUACGGAAGCUCAAAGAGGAAUGGAAACGCUGAGUGAAGAAGGGAAUGAAGCUGAAGGUGGGAAGAGUGUGAAGGGAGAGGAAGAGGGAGAUUAUGAAGCAGAGUAUUCAGAUGUCGAAGCUACUAGAGAUAACGAUGAAGCCUUUACUGAGGAAGAUGAUGUGGAUGAUGAGUGCUCCAAUGAAAAAGGUGCUGAAGAACGUGUAUCAGCUGAAGAAUUUAAAAUAAAGAAGGUAAAUAAAAGUGAGGCGAAUAAGAAAUCGGCCUAUGUAAUAAGAUGCAAUGAGUGUAACGAGCAGUUUGUUUCCCGGAAAAAGUAUGUGGAUCACUGCAGAGAUAUCCAUCAGUGCUUGCCUGGUAAAGUCUACCAGUGUGACAUCUGCAGCAAGUCAUUUGCUAGUUACAACAGCUGGAAGGAGCACCGAGCAUGCGUCCACACUGACGAAAGGCAGUUUGCCUGCAGCCUUUGCAGUGCUACUUUUAAAAGAAAGAGAGAUGUGAGGACGCAUUAUGUGCGGAAGCACGAAGGCAGAGUGAAACGCCCUCUCUGCUCUGUCUGCGGGAAGAUCCUCAGCUCCCAAACAGCGUUAGUGUUUCACAUGCGGACGCAUACAGGAGAAAAACCUUAUGAAUGUGGCAUUUGUCAUUCCAAAUUUGCUCAGCCAUCACAGCUUAAGAUCCAUACCAGAUCCCAUACAGGGGAAAAACCAUAUGUUUGUGAGGACUGUGGUGCUUGCUUUGCUGAUAAAGGCAAACUCACUGGCCACAAAAGGACGCACACAGGUGAGCGUCUCUUUAAGUGUGAUGUGUGUGGAAAACAUUUUGCCACCAAUGAAUAUUUAAAAUGCCAUAAACGAUGCCACAUGGGUGCUAAGCCGUACAAGUGCGAGGUUUGUGGGAAGACGUUUGGAUUGAGAGCCUCACUAGCUCAGCACAGUAAUGUCCACGCAGAGACCCGUCCGUAUUUCUGUGAGCAGUGUGGAAAAACAUUCACCCAGCAGGGCGCUCUCCGGCGCCAUCAGCGUAUUCACACUGGGGAGAAGCCCUACAAGUGCAGAGCGUGCGAGAGAACUUUCACAGACAUGUCCACCCUGCGGAGACACGUGUCGAUUCAUGACCGAAACGCUCACUGGAGAAGCUUCUUAAUAGACCUUACGACCAAAAAAAACCACAACUGGUCCAAAAUAGAGACAUUCUCGGGAGCCUGUAUGGACGAGGGCUCGGUACCAGAAAUUUGGUCAGUUGACCGAGGUAAACUUUAUAAACCAGAAAGCGUCAUUCUUAAACAAGUACAGCAGGUGCCACCUAGCGUUAGCAGCGCAGAAGGCACCGACCGCUCCGUCCUGUGCCUGUAACGCCGUGUCACCGGGAAGCCGUGCGGGCAGGAAGGCUUCAUGAGGCGUGCUGCAGCUUUUUGCAGAGAGAAGAAAGAUGGAAAGUAAUGCAGUUUUAUUGGAAUCCAAGUCCUCUCCCAUCAACCUGCUGAAUGAAAUGCACCAGCUGCGUCUCCUGGG